AUGGAGGCAGCACUCGGCAUUCGUGUGCCUCGGCCUACGAGUACAGCUCCGUCUGCAGCGCGGAGUCUGGUGAGACAGUUUGUCGACUCCUGGCGUGACGCUGCCGGCAAGUGGAAGCGCCUUCGGGGAGAAGGUAAGACGAGUGAGGAUACAGAGACGCAGAACGUGAAACACGUGAAGAGAGAGGGAGGUAGCGAGACGGAUAUCUGGCAGCGUCUUCCUGACUCUUCCUUAGCCCACCCAAACGACACCCCUGCGUGGGCGGUCGGACUUGGAAUCGCUUUAGAGCGUUGUCGGGGCCUUCUUGAGUCGCCCAUUUACACUGCUGCUGCUCAGCAUCAGGUUCAAAGUAGCUCCCUCCGUGCCACUCUCGCCGUGUCCUCUGCAACGGAGGCUUUACCGGCGUUGCCACGGACGCAACCGGUUUCUAGAGCUGCUGUUCCGCCAACACCGGUGGCGGCUCGUGACUCCCCCGCAACUCUACUCUGCGAGGCGGAGCUCAUUUGUGCUCGUGAGGGCACAAAGACCCUGUUGCCGAUGUAUACGGAGCUCCACGCGCUGCGCCGCAUGCGGGCCGAGCGAGAGCAGGUGGCUGCACAGACGGUAGUGGAGCAGUUAGAAUGGGAGCAGCGUCGUCUGAUGGACAUGCUGGCCGAGUGCGACGCACAGCUGCAGAUGCUCGACAGCAACUUUGUGGAUUCGUGCCAGGCACGAUUGGCACCCCUGGAGACGCUGCAGGAGCGCAUCGAUGCGCUGCAUAAAUUUCACCGCCAGCUCGAGGCCCACGCCGCAGCAAUGUGGCCGUUGGCUUCGAAGGAUGGAGCAACUGCGCCCAAGUAUGCGCUGGUCGCAACAGAGCUGGCAACUCGCGUGCCGCGGCCGGUGGGCCUCGUUGGUGAUGCUCUGUCGCAGUGCAUGGCGGAAGAGCGCCUUGCAUGGGAGAGGAAGUGGGAGGCACUGCAGACUGCGCUAAGUGAGCAAAGGAAACGCAACGCCGAGCUGCAGGCGUGUUAUAUACAAGCCAAUGCGCAGCUGCACACCACUCUGGAGAGGGACAACUACGUGACGAAGGAAGUCUUGAAUGCUGUAAAGGCGCAGCAUCGAGCGGACACGGAGGCGCUUGUGGAGCAGCUGGGGUGGACUCUCAUCAACAACACCUCCGACGUUCUCAGUCUGCGGCACCCGGGCACCAGCGCUACGCUACACGUGAACCCCGCGUACUCGACGAUAAACGGCCAGGCGUGCGAGGACAUUGCCAAGACUCUGGCAGCUUACAUUCUACAGCACGGCGGCGCUACUGCGAAAAUGGUAGAACCCGCAGCGGUGUCCCCAGCCAGUGUGUCCGCAGACGAAGCACGAGGCAUCGUCAGUGCAGCUCACGCUGGCCGUAAUGUUCGACUGCCCUCACCUUUUCCUGAUCAAACUUCCCACUGCGGGAGUGGGGCGGAAUCCAUCGAUGAAGUGAGGCUUCAGGAGGCGGGUCAAGGUGCCGUGGAGACAGUCUUGACUGUGACCGAGAAGGAGGUGACGCAAGCUGCACCUUUUUCGCGGAGCGCUUCUGCAUACGAUGAAUCACCUUCUGCGCUGUCAUCACAGCGAUCUCCUCCGCCCCCCGAGACUGAAGUGACCCCCGUGGCGGAGCCGCCAAUGCGAGCAACCUCCGUUUCUAUUGACAGGGAGGUGGCAGAGGUGAUGCCACAGUUACCCAUAUCUCCGGAGGCUGCAGCGGAGUCGGUAGGAGAGGGCAACUACCGAAGCAGUGCGCAAGAGCCGUGUGGUAGGGCUUCUGCCGCGUCUGACGACACCAGUAGGGGAGGCAAUGGCGAAGAUGAUCUCGAGGCGUACAUGGAGGAGGGCAAUAGCGUGGGCAGAGACGAGAAGGACGGUGAGAGGGAUGCGAAGGAUGCCGAAGAGGAUCUUGCGGACUACAGCAGCGUGCAAGCACAGGGGGGUAGUAACAAUAUUUCCACUCUGAGUGUGUCCGGCAACCUUCCCUUCUCUGGCUCGAAGGGUGACGAUGCACGAGCAGCACCAGUGCAGCCUGCUCCGUACGAGUCGUUCUUCUCACCUAGUCAACUGUGGGAGAAUGAGGAUGAGUAG